AUGGCUUCAGAAACCCAACUGGUGCAAUGCUCAACUGAAGCAUCAGCAGAGAUGGAACCUUUAAGCCAACCUCCUUCAUCUUCCUCUGCAGGGACCAGUAGACCUUCCUCUUUGCUUACCAUUGGCUUGCUUAUCUUGGCUCUGCAAUGGACAGACGGAGGAGCCUUCCCCACAAUGCCACUCUCCAGUAUGUUUACCAAUGCUGUGCUAAGAGCACAGCAUCUCCAUCAGCUCGCAACAAAUACCUACAAGGAAUUUGAGCGUUCCUAUAUCCCAGAAGAGCAGCGAUACUCCAUGAAGAAUUCUCAGACUGUACGUUGUUACUCUGACACUAUCCCUUCACCCACGAGGAAAGAGGAAACUCAACAAAAAACAGACACGGAACUGCUGAGGUUUUCACAGAUUCUCAUCCAGUCCUGGCUAAAUCCUAUACGGUUUCUAAGUAGGAUGUUUACAAACAGUCUUGUAUUUGGGACCUCAGAUAGAGUCUACGAAAAACUCCAAGACUUGGAACAAGGUAUCCAAGCUCUUUUGAGGGAACUCUACAUGUAA